CUCCCACUCCCUCACUCUCGUCUCUCUUCUUUCUCUGUUACCCGACACGUUCAACCUCCGACCACUUCGUCCCCACCGCCGUCGUCGCCGAGCUUCUUCCCCCUGUCGUCACCACCGCCAACGGCGAUCUCGUCGGCAAGGUUGUACACUAGGCCAUGUCCACCGCCCUCAAACCAAACCCAGACCUCAGUCUCAGCUUUGCCACCUCUUCAAGACCCUCAUAUUCGAAACCCAACUCCACCCACACCCACCUACCCAGACUGCCAUCCUUGACCUUCUCCGGCCUCUCUGUAGCUUCCUCUAGUGGACCUUCUAAGAGCAGAAGCCUAUGCGCUGUUUCGAAGAAUGUAGGCUCUGAUCAGGAUGGUGGGUUUUCGUAUAAGGACGCCGGCGUGGAUAUAGAUGCUGGGGCGGAGCUCGUUAGGAGAAUUGCCAAGAUGGCCCCCGGAAUUGGUGGCUUUGGAGGGCUUUUCCCUCUCGGUGAUUCGUAUCUUGUUGCUGGUACUGAUGGUGUGGGAACUAAGCUUAAGCUCGCGUUUGAUACUGGCAUUCAUGAUACCAUUGGUAUUGAUUUGGUUGCGAUGAGUGUCAAUGAUAUUGUAACUUCUGGAGCCAAGCCGUUAUUUUUCCUUGAUUACUAUGCUACAAGCCGCCUUGAUGUUGAUCUUGCUGAAAAGGUUAUCAAGGGAAUUGUCAAUGGUUGCCAACAAUCUGACUGUGUUCUUUUAGGUGGAGAGACUGCUGAGAUGCCGGGUUUCUAUGCUGAGGGUGAGUAUGACCUCAGUGGUUGUGCUGUUGGAAUUGUGAAAAAGGAAUCAGUGAUUAAUGGGAAAAGCAUUGUGGCUGGAGACGUUCUCAUUGGCCUACCAUCCAGUGGGGUUCAUUCCAAUGGUUUCUCUCUUGUAAGAAGGGUACUAGAUCAUAGUGGGUUGUCUCUGAAGGACCAACUACCGGGUAACUCUGUAACAUUAGGUGAAGCUGUAAUGGCCCCCACAGUGAUAUAUGUUAAGCAGGUGCUCGACAUAAUUAGCAAGGGUGGUGUGAAGGGGAUAGCCCACAUCACAGGAGGUGGUUUCACUGACAAUAUACCUAGAGUAUUUCCAAAAGGCUUAGGAGCUGUAAUCUACAAUAAUUCAUGGGAAAUCCCAGCUGUUUUUAAAUGGAUCCAAGAGGCUGGAAGAAUAGAAGAUGUUGAAAUGAGGCGAACUUUUAAUAUGGGUAUUGGGAUGGUUCUUGUUGUGAGUAAGGAGGCAUCCCAGAGAAUAAUUGAGGAAGAAAAUGGAGCUUACUGCAUUGGUGAGGUUAUAACUGGUGAAGGAGUGAGUUAUAGAUGAAUUGUAUAAUAUGCGGCUCCAUUGCUCCUUUUUUCAGGCCAUUUGACAAGCUGUGAUGCAAGCUACUGCAGCUUGAUUUUGCUGUUAUUUUAUGUAAUCUUGACAUUCACUGUUCUAUAGGAAUUUGUUAGUGUUGUUAAGCUCUUCAAAUAAUGAAUUUUCUUAUUCCAAUCCAUGCUCAACUUUACCAAG